AUGAAAGACGUCAGCGGGUUUCUGAAGCAGCAGCAGGGCUGCAGCCCCACUCCUGAGAUGGCAGCGGAGUGGCACAGUCUGGAGGAGCUGUAUAACAAAAGGUUGUGGCACCAGCUCACACUGAAGAUCACAGACUUUGUCAAAGAUCCUUGUUUCCAGACCGGAGAUGGACUUGUGCAGCUCUACGAUAACUUCCUCAGUGACUUCGAACACAGAAUCAACCCUUUAUCACUGAUGGAGAUCAUCCUGUUUGUGGCUCGACAGAUUACAGAUCCCAAAGACGCCAUCACGUUUCUGGAGAAAACCAAAGAGAAGGUGAAGAGCUGUGAUGAGGCUGUGAUUCUGUGUAAAACAUCCAUUGGGAGUCUGAAGAUGGAGAUCAACGACCUGCCAGCUACUAAGAAGCUGAUUGAGGAGGUGGAGGAGACCCUGAACAACCUUCCUGGAGUGACGUCGGUGCACGGCCGCUUCUACGACCUGUCCAGCAAAUACCACCGCAUCAUGGGCAACCACGCCCACUACUACAAGGACGCCCUGCGCUACCUGGGCUGCGUGGACAUCAGAGACCUACCAGACUCGGAGAAGCAGGAGAGGGCCUUCACCCUGGGGCUGGCUGGACUUCUGGGAGAAGGAGUGUAUAACUUUGGAGAACUGCUGCAGCACCCGGUCCUGGAGUCCCUCCGCAGCACAGAUAAACAGUGGCUCAUCGACACGCUCUUUGCCUUCAACGCCGGCAACGUGGACAAGUUCCAGGGCUACAAGUCUGCGUGGGGCCAGCAGCCUGAUCUGGCAACGCACGAAGCUAAACUGAUGCAGAAGAUUCAGCUGCUGUGUGUGAUGGAGAUGACGUUCACUCGGCCGGCCAAUCACAGACAGCUGACCUUCACAGAGAUCUCCCAGAGCGCCAAGGUCCCUGUCAGCGAGGUGGAGUUGCUGGUGAUGAAGGCUCUGUCUGUGGGGCUGAUAAAAGGAAACAUUGAUGAAGUGGAUCAGAAAGUCCAGAUGACCUGGGUCCAACCGAGAGUCCUGGACCUGCAGCAGGUGAAGGGGAUGAAGGAGCGUCUGGACUUCUGGUGUGGGGAUGUGAAGAACAUGGCCAUGUUGGUGGAGCAGCAGGCGCACGACAUCCUCACAUGA